AUGAAUAAGGCAGUAGAAGAACCAACCAAAUGCAUCUGCAUCGAAAUGGGAGGAAGGAAUGUCAUGGCAGAACAUCAAAAGCAUGGACAAAACUGGAGAAUGAAAAACAAGGAAAUAUUUAAUAAAAUUGAUUUCUAUGAGAUAAGUGGAGAAAAGACGAGGAAAAUGGAGACAAUUGAUAUGGAAAUGUUCCUAAGAAAGCAGAUUGCAAGUGACCUGAGGAUCAGAGAAGAGACAUCGAAGGGAAAGAAGAAACUGAUCGAAUUCUGGUCAAUAGAAGAUGCCAUUCAAUUUUACAAACAGUAUUUCAGCAUGUUUAAAAUGAGAUUUGUUGGUGAGUUUGAGCUGUAUAAAUGUGCAUUGAUCAAUGAAAAAGAUUUAAACAGGACGAAAAUGAGAGAGUUCUACGAGAAAAAUGAAAUAUUUAAGGCAAAAAACAUAGAAAUUGAACAUGAAGAAUCAUUUGUGUUGGAUUACUACAAACCAGGCAAGAAACAAAGCACAGAAAUGAACGAAACACUGACAUGUAAGAGAUUCAUGGAACGUGUACAGUUCUUCAACAACAUGCACAACUUGUUUAGCAAGAAUGAUGCCAAAAAAUUCAAACUUUUGUUGGAGAGAGGAGUGGAUGACUUCCUGUACCAAAACACAAAGGAAUUAUGCGUGGGAAUGUAUACAAAUGUUGUAGUACAGGAUCAUUUGCAAAGGAUGAGUGAGACAGACAUUCAGAACCUGAUUAUGAAGAUGGAAGGGGACAUUGCACCAAUUGCAGCCACGAAAUACGGAGCAUACGUUAUUCAACGCAUUAUUUUAUGUGUGAAAUCAACAAACAACCAGAAACUGCUUUGCAAUUUCUUUAUGAAAAAUGGACUCUAUUUGAUAUGCCAUGAAAUUGGAAACUACACGAUUCAGAAGCUGCUUAUUUUCAACAACAAAGAGAUCAGGAGCCUCUUUCUUGACAACUUAGCUUACAUCACUGAAAAUCCAAUUGGACACAAAGUGUGGACUAAGAACAUCAAAUACUUCAUGGAUGAAGAGAAUGACAUUCUUGAACAGCAACGCUAUGAAAAUAAUGCACAAAUACAUCACCUAAUUAACAAAUUAUGA